AUUUCAAACCCUCUCUCUCCUCCUCCACCAUCUUCUUUCUUCCUUCUUCCAUUUCCGGAGCCUUGUCCGUUUUUUUAUUUUUGAGUUUUGUUUCUCCAAGCGAGCGCGGAACGCAGGGGUGUCGUUGUCGUUUUGGUUGGGUGGAUGGAGAGAGUGGCGUCCUGGGCCGGAACGACGUCGUGUGAGAAGAGCGUGUACGUGAGCUGGGAGGAGGUGUUCGUGUCGAGCGACAAGGGGAGGCGAGAGGUUCAUUAUUUUCUGAAACGACGCGUCGGUGGCUCGGAUCUGGCCGUCGUUGGAAAGGAGAAAAGCUUGAGACACAUGUCGUAUCGCUACGCGAUAAAAACGGCGUCGUUGGGGCCUUACUUGAAGCUCAAAUCGCGAAGAGAGGUCGUUGAUUGGUUGGACGCCGUCGUUUCAGAUUCGUCUCCUGGGGAUGCGGUUGUGAUGGGAAAACAUGGUUAUGAACCUGAGCUUGGAACUUCCAAGGAUAAUCAAUUGCCGAAGAUGCGCCAUUCUACAAAAGAAUUCUCAUGGAUAGGGUGUCCAUGGACCUGUAGGAAAAGAAGAAAGCACUAUCAGGCAUUCAAGAGGAACGGUUUUCAGAUAUCUGUGCAUGGUUUUGUAUUUGUUCUGGCAGAAGAAGACAAGCGUCUAGUUGCCUACUUGGAAGACCUGUAUGAGGAUUCCAGAGGCAACAAGAUGGUUGUGGUGCGCUGGUUUCACAAAAUUGAUGAGGUUGGUAUUGCUUUGCCUCACAGUUUUAGUGGCAGAGAGGUUUUCUUUUCACUUUAUCUUCAAGAUCUGAGUAUUGAAUGCAUAGAUGGAUUGGCUUUCGUCCUCAGUCCACAACAUUACGAAAAGUUUCAGAAUGAGGCACGUCGAACUCACUUGGAACCAUUCGUGUGCAGCCACCAGUUUGAUAAUGAUGAAUUGAAAACCUUUGAUAUAACACAGAUUAAGGGUUAUUGGAAACAGGAAAUACUCAGGUACAUGUUUACCCAAUUGGACUCCAAGUCCAGUGGCAGUUCCGAACAAUCUGAUGAUAGCCCGGAACUUGAUGAAAAUCACCUGUCUACUGCUUCAAUCAGACCUAAGAAGAGGCUGCGUAUUACCAAAGAUGAUGCCAAAGAUGCAGUUGAUGUAACUGCUCUUAAAUCCGAAAAUUUGAAAAACAGUAAGAAUAAUACCAAAAUUGGCACCGGAAACAAUCCCCUGAAACUGGUUGGACACACAAACAUGACAACAACCAUAAAAGAAGGAACAAAUGAAUAUGCUUCACUGCAUUUGGUUGUAGGUUCCCAAAUUGAGGUCCUCUCUCUAGACAGUGGGAUGAGAGGAUGUUGGUUUAGAGGUUCUGUCAUUAAGAGGCACAAAGAUAAAGUUAAGGUUCAAUAUCAAGACAUACAGGAUGCAGCUGAUGAAACUAAGAAGCUUGAGGAAUGGAUUUUAGCUUCUAGAAUUGCAGUGCCUGACAUCCUAGGUCUUCGCAUGCAUGGGAGGACCAUGGUCCGGCCAGCUCCACCGUCUAACAAAAGUGAAUUAUCAUGGGUGGGUGAUGUUGGUUCCGUUGUUGAUGCCUGGUGGCAUGAUGGAUGGUGGGAAGGCCUUGUUGUUCUUAAGGACUCCGAAUCUAAUUAUCAUGUUUAUUUCCCAGGGGAAAAGGUGGUGUCAGUAUUUGGUCCUGGUAACUUGAGACAGUCUCAAGAAUGGGUAGUGAAUGAGUGGGUGACUGUGAGGGAAAGGCCUGAUCUUGUGUCAUCUAUUUUAACUACCGUGAAAACGAAUCAAAACAAGGGCAAAUCCACAGACAGCAAAUCAGCUCUAGCAUCCACUAGAGAUGGAGUACAAUCUAAGCAAUCAGAUACCACUUCGGACACUGAAAGGGAUAGACUAAGAAAUCCGGAACUGGUUUCAGAUCUCAUGAAGGAUGAUUUGUUAUUCCAGUUAAGGUGGAAGACCACCAGAAAGAGGAGACGGGGAAGUCGCGCAUGUCAUCGGAAGCCGCCACGGUGUCCCAGCCAUAGGAAGAAGUCCCCAAAGGUUCUUAAGUUAGACUCUUCUGACAGUUUUGUGAUUCCUGCAUCCUUGAAAGUUGAUCACGAUGACUGCAAAUAUGGAGGGGAUCCUUCCAUUUUCAGUUCUUCAGUUGUGCCUUCUCUAACUAAUUUGGUUAUGUGUAGGUGAUUUCAUGAUUGAUUUCUUUUAGGGUCUUAUAGUUUUCAGGUAAGCUACCUCUCUCACCUCAUUGCCUUUAGGGUACCCGUAUUCAAAACCCUUAAACCUUAGUGCAUCCAUUCGAUGCCUCUCUUGUCCAGAUUUUCAUCCAUGUCCUUGUUAUGUUAACAUAGAAAUUGUAUCUUAGGAUAGUCUUUUUCUUCCCCACCUUUUAUUAGUUUGCGUGGUUUGUGGCAUCGAAGCUUCAUUCUAUUUGGGUGUUUGAAUCGAAUGCCCAAGGAGGCAAGGAUGAUGCCAUACAAGUUUUGGCAUAGUGUAACGUAGUGGAAUAACAGAGGAUGGUUUUGACUUGGAGGACAGGUGGUGUUCUUUUCAUAUAAAAUGAUCCAAUGUAUUGUGUAAGAAAAGAAAUUUGCUUGUUCUUUUAUAUAUUGAGCCAAAUGUUAAGAUAAUAUUUGUAAUCAUUGUAUGU